UUCCGCAGGACUCCUGCAAAGGCAACAGGAUUCACAGCCGCGCGCAAUCUCUAGCGCCGCAUAUGUGCCUACUACCACCACUCGCUCGUUUCUUUCCUAUCACCCGGAGCCUCCACCUCCUAUUCACCAUCGGCAGCGUUGUCUCUUGCCUCCAGUCAGUCGUCAUUUGCCUGUUACGUGGCAUACGUACGGUACGUCGGUCCACGCGAGCGUAGAUACGCUUUUCCCCACUCGCUCGUUCGUGUUUUCCACAGCAGAGGCACGCUGCACUCUCGCCAACUGAACGCAUCCGGUAUGCUCCGUUACGUACGACCAAAUAGUAUGUGCGUUGACAACAAUAAUUAAAUACCUAGUUCAUUUGUUUCCUUUUCGUUUUUCGUAUUUUUUUUUUCUGAGAUCUGACAGUUUUGUUCCGUUGUUGAUUUUAUUGAUGUACAGUGAGAAUUUUGUGUGAUUGUUCAAUUAUCUUUUUGUCUUGUGUUCGCUUGUUUGAAAGUGAAAGUGAUUGUUGAUUGGGAUGCUAAGUGACCCUCGGGGACUUGGUGUUAGACAUGGGAAAUAACGAACUUCUGGUUGUGUUUGCAACCGUCGUGGGACUGCUGAAAAUUUCUGCUAAAGCUCAAGGGCAAAAUUUUUUGUACCGACAGCAAACUGGUUUGGGUCCAACCUACCAACAACCUCUCUAUUUCAACCAACCUCAAUUUGGAAAGCCAUUAUUUGAUUUGCAACGACAAUUUUUUCCCCAAACCGAUCUACGACCUUCAGACGUUCCUCGAAAUCUUCGUCAAAACAUACCUCAAUACUUCGGCGAUUAUCGUCAACAGAAUGGUCAAAAUCCCGGAGCCCUUUCGCAAGAUUCGACAUACGACUUUGACGAAAGUCUUGGUCGCAGAAAUGUUUUGAACCCUGCCCAAACUACAAUUAACAACAAGCGAAAUCCAAAUCCAAAUUAUUCCCAUCUCUACCAAAGAACCAGAAAUACAGAUCCGUCUAAAACCGAAACCUUUCUGGGAGAAAUUACCAUCCAAAGUCCUGCCGAUUUACCGGAAGAGUUCAAUGGGAAACAACCACCCAUUUUUGAAAACAUCGUAUUUAACCAUCAACAAAACGCUGCAUUGCCUAAUCCUUCAAACAACAGUGGCAAAAUUAGGAAUGAAAUCGCCAACGAAAAUCAAGAAGUUAAUCAAAAUUUGGAUUAUGCAGACAAUGGUAAACAAAAUGGGAAUGGCAACGAAAGUGGAGAAUCCUAUUCAUCAGAGCCGGAAGAUGUUGAGUAUGAAGAUUAUAUAGAUGAGGAACCCGAAGCACAGAGGAAUACAGAGAAACCUAGACAAUUGACCACCACAACUCAAGUACCAAUAACUACUUUUAAACGAACUUUUGUGCGACCAACUACCACUGAAAAACAACUACACAAAUCCUCAUCGAACGAAAUCAAAGCAGAAAAUAGUAAUGCUGAAGGAAUCGCGCAAGAAGGUGAAGACAUAAUACUUAACGAAGAAGAAAACGAAAAUAGUAAAACAGCCGAUAAUGAAGAAACGCUUGUAAAAUAUGAAGAUGAUGAAGAAGAAGAAGAACCAGCUCAAAACCAUAAUAACAAUAAUAGUUCAGAAUCUUACAAUAAUCUCUCAUCUGAAGAACAAGAAGGCAACUCUACACUUACUGAAGGGCAUGUAGAACUAAAUUACACUAAUCAUGAACAACAAGGUUUAGAAUAUAGCAACACCACCGAUGAAGGUGCUAGCACACAAAACAAAACAAUCAAAAAGCCGUACGAAGUUUUGACCAUGAAGCCAUCGUCUCUUGUAAAAGAUGACAAUUUUAAAGAGUUCAUAGACAGCACAGGAAUUGAUAACACGUCCGAAAUUUCACAAACAGAAUUAUCUGAAGAUCCAAAUAAUCUUUCCAGUGAGACAAAAAGCACAGCCGCAUCCAGCUUAAAUGAAGAAGUAGAGUCAUCGGACGUCGACACUCCUCCAGUUCUUCUAGGAGCCGCAGUUGUUUCUGUCGUAACAACCAAAAGUGUUAUCAACAAAACCAUAAUCGAUGAAACACCACUAUCAUACAACCCAAAAGAAAUUCGGUCAUUGGAAGAACGUUCCGAAGAAGAAACGACCCCAAUACCAACUGGAUCUGGUGAAAACGCAACAGAAGAAUGGAUUGUGGUAGCUUCAGUUCAUACAAGUCGAAGUGUUUCCGGAGCCAGAUAUUUACCAUUCCCAACUGUAGAGCAAGAAGAGAGAACUAAACUCUUGAACGAAGGUAAGGACAUCUCGGAUGAGAGUUUCACAGAAAAUCCAAAUUCAGGGGAAGAUCAUAAAAAACUCGAAGCUGAAGACGAAAAGAAAAAUCACACUUCCACAAAGCAAAAAACAUCUACUGAAAGUCUCAUUGAUAAAUUAGACCAAGUACAAUCAGACUUGUCAAAUGGCUUAAUCAAUGGCUUUAACAAUGGAGCAAAUAAUAUUGCCCUAAUCACAGAAGGAACUUUAGAGAAAACUGGUGAUGAAAUAAUGGAGGUGACUACAACUACUACAACCACCACCACUCCAAAACCAACUAGCCCUAGCGUUAUUAUACGUAAAUUCUCUCCAAGGGCAAGACCAACGACUACUAAACGUCCUAGAAAAACAUCAAGGUAUCAAACUGGAAAGAAAACCAUUACUACAACUACAUUCAAACCGGACAUAGAUAAACCUCAAAGUGACGAACCUGAAACUAAACACUUGUUUGAGAAACUGCUAAGCAAAAACAAACCUUCUCCAGAAAGUGAAGUGAAAAAGUCUGCAGAUAACGCAACCAGUGUCGAGGAAACUAUAAACCCUUCUGAUAUAUUAAAAACAGUUAAAGAAGUAGAUAUUUCGGCAUUUUUACCGCCUGGUUAUAAACCGCCUCCGAAGAACAACACGUCAAUAGUUUCAUCAAAAGUAGCGAAAGAUGACAUUUCAAAAUUGCUUCCUCCUGGUUAUAAACAAUCAUCAGAAAAGAACUCAACGAAAUCAAAACCAGAUGUUUCCACAAUAAUUGCAGCUGCCAAAUUGGACGAUUUAUCUGCAUUUCUACCAAAAGGAUAUAAACCACCGAAAUCUUCCUCAACUUCCAGCACCACCAUUGCCAGUGCUAUUACUACAACAACGCCAAAAUCUGACGGAAUUGAGAAAGUUCUAUCAAAAGCUAAACCAGUUGAUAUAAGUGCUUUUCUACCGCCAGGUUUCAAACUACCAUCAUCCACAGAAAAAUCCAAAACAGUCGAUACAAUUCCAAUAAACACUAAACAAGAUGAUUUGGCAGGAUUAUUACCGCCAGGGUAUAAACCUCCUGGUAAAGAAAGUAGUACAACCAAUACGAACAAACCAAAAACCGUUACUGAUCUUUUGGAAACCGCCAAAGAAGAUGACGUUUUGGCCUUCUUGCCACCAGGAUAUAACAAACACCGCUUCACGAAGAAACCUGUUUCCAGUACCACACCAUCCAAUAGUGCAAAUGAUGGUAAAUCCAGUAUCACAUCUACUACACCCAAAACUACCACCGCUGGAGGAUUUAAGGUUGUUUUCCCAAGCAGACCUGGAGGAGUAACAAGAAAAACCACAAGAAUUUCCUCUGCAAAACCGGUAGCCCAUCUAGAUGCAGCAACACCGCCAGCAAUACUUAAAGGAUGGCCUUCCAGAGCUACAACUGAAUUCACUGGCUGGCCAACUCCUUCAACGACCCCAAUAUCUAUUGAAAAGUUAUUGGAAGCCGCGAGGGCAGCCACUUCAAGCUCAAGCUCGACUAGUUCUUCUACUACAAGCACUACUACUACCACUACUACAACAACAACUACAACUCCAAGACCUACAACACCUGGCAUUUGCAUAGACGAAUGUGACCUGGCAGGUACCAUUAAAUUGGUGGGUGGAGCAAAAUGGGUUCCAGAAUUGCUGGAUAGGAACACCAAAGAAUGGCAAAUACUCGCUAAUGAAGUUCAACUUCAGUUGGAGGAUAUUUACAGUAAAUCAGACAAACUGAACAAAUGGUACAAGAAGAUUAGGAUUGAUGGUUUUAGUGAAGGAUCUGUUCUUGUCGACUAUCUCGUGGAACUAAGUGACCUGGGCAAAGAAAUUAAUACGUUAGAAAUCAAAAGAAUAUUCCAUGAAACCUUGCUAAAGAACAAUGGUGGACAUAGAGUUCCAAAGACUCAAAACUUGGAAGAAAAUGCUGUAGAAGAGGACAAUAUUUCGUUUGGAAAAUUCGAAGUUGAUCCUAAAUAUACUGAUUUUAUCGUACUACCAAAACAAAUCUAUCCUUCUGUUGGAUAUGCUGACGAUGACAUUUUACUACCGCAAUGGGCUAUAGCAAUCAUAGUCAUUGGAUUGGCGUCACUGCUUUUCGUCAUCAUAUUUGGAGUCACUGUGUUAAUAAACAGGCAUCGAAAUUCCAAAAAGCAACCAACACCAUUAACCCAAGAUAUGCUCAACGAACUGAACAAAAAUCAUAUGAGCGGAUUCGACAAUUAUGGAGCUGAUGACCUUUACAACAUGGAGGACGUAUGGAAUGACAGACAAUAUGAAACGAAACCAAAAAAGAAGUCUCUUGGUUCCCUUCAUGACAACAGCAUGCCGAACAUCUACGACAGUUGGCGUUCCGAAUGGAACGGUUAUUAUUACAACGGCUAUUACGGGAACCACCCAGGAAGCAGUUACAGUAAUCGCGGCCGCCGAAAAUCUGACUACGACACAAACUUCUAAACAGAAAAAAAUAAUAAAAUCCAUACAAUAGGUACAUAAGCUAUAAAGUAUGUGUCCAUCCCACGGACACAUUACAACAAUCAAAUCAUACAAAAAA